GGUGAUCUACAUUUACGUGGUGCAUGUGCAAGUUUACUUGCUACAUUAAUUCAAACAACAAUUCAUCUUUUAUUAAACAAUGUUCACUUGUAUCAACUGAUUCACAAGACAGUUCAAGGUUAUAUGUCUUAAUGAUAAUAAUGCACGUGUUAUACAUGUUUCACUAAAUGCUUUACGAACAUUAUUACCUUUUUUUAUUAAUUAAUAGUCAUGCAUUUACAAUCAUAGGAAUUAAAUUAUUAGAAGAUUCUAUUCAACAUACUACAAGUUUCUGUACUCUUGCUAAAGUAGAUAAAAGAAAUUUAUGAUUAUAAUAAUUUUUUUUUUGUAUGUAUAUAAAAUAGUUUGCGCUAGCUCAACUUAUAGAUGAUAUUGAUUUUUGAAUAUUAACUUAUCUUGAGCAACAAUUAAAACAACAGUACCCUGAUAUACGUGUUCGUCAAGCAACUGCUUCGACUUUUGCUAAGUAUGUAUUUUGUAGAGAUAAUAACUACGUAGCUUUUUUCGAAUUUGGAUGAAUAAGUCGAUUUUAUUGCAUUAAGUUAGUUAUUAGGUACUUUUUGAUUUUAAGGUUUUGUUGAUCACAAUUCAUUUUUACCAUGUCAAUGGAUAUAUAAAAUUCAUCAUUCAUUACACGUUCAAGCAUCAACUCGAAUACAAAUUGUUUGUUAUUUUUUGUCUUUUAUAUAGGUUGGAUGUUUAGAAGAUAUUUAUGUUCUUUCAAAUGUUUUAAGACCAACAACAAUUCGACCAAUUUUUUCAUAAUCAAUAUGAUGAACUUCGUUUAUUUAUAAUUUUUUUUAACAUCCCUUUAUAUGACAUGAUCUUAAUAAUUUAAUCUUUUCAAGAAAAGAGAAAAAAAAGAUAUUUAUUAUGUUUUUUUUUUAAUUCUUUCUUUUUAUUUGAAGAUUUAUCAAAUCUCAACAAAUGAAAAAAUGUUUUGAAAGUAGCACAAAUGAUUCAAGUAAUUGGAAAAUUGAACUAUUUUAUUACCGUUCUCGAACUAUUGCAAAAAUAUUCACAAUCAUCAUUCUUUUGGACAGAAUAUAGUUGAUAUUUCAGUUUUCACAGAAGAAGAGAGUUCCAAUGUUUUAGAUUUGAAGAAUAUAUUUGACCAUGUUUCGUCUGAAUGAAUUCAUUUGUUUUUUUUCUUUUUAAAUAGAAUGAAAACGAUUCAUCAACAACAUCAAAUACAGACAAAGAUAAAAAAAGUUAAUCGUACACAAUUAGGUACUUUUGGAAAUUAUUCGAAUUAAUACGUUCAUCUUAUCAAAUACAUAAAAGUUUAUUAAAUUCAUCAGAAAUGAUCAUUAUCGUCUAUGAAAUCAGUUUUAAGUCUUAUUUCUACACAAGAUUUAUCAAAAAAAUUUGAAAGAGAAACACUUAAUUAUUUUAAAUCAACAUUCAAUGUACACAAGAGGUAACUUCUUUUUAAUAGUAAAUAUUUAUUGUAAAGAAAAUUUCAAUUAUUAAUCUUCUUUAUUUAUUGGUUAAGCUAAAACCUUUAGGAUGUUGUAUUGGGUCUGAAACUUGUCUAUGGAUAAAACUUUCGAUGGAAAUCUUAUAAUGAAGGUUUCUGAAAGGGUCUUUCCUAGAGAAGGAAAAUUUCAAUAUAAGAAUGUCAUAGUAACAGAAAAACUGAUUUUACGAAUAUCGAUGAUCUUAACGAGAGUAGUUUUGUUAUGAAAGUGUCCGAUCUUUUGAUUCGGUUCUAUCUUGAAAUUCGAAUAUUAAAUCAUCUAGUUGACGUGAGCGAUCUGCAAGACACACUAUCAAUUCGAAAUUUGAAAAUCAUUUUUUCUGUUAACACAACAUUCAUCUAAAAAUAUUCUUUUAAUUUAGUUUUUAUUAAAUCUUCAAAUCUUUCUUCACAAGUAUCAUUAAAUAAUUCUUUAACUUAUAUUCAUACAAUAAGUAUUCGACAAUCGAUAAUUUAUUUUAUUUGGUUCACGUUAUGCAUCAAGUAUAAAUAGUGCAAUACGAAAGUAAAAUAAACAAAAAAAACGAAUUUGAUCUAUUCUGUCUUUUUGUUUUCUAUUUUACAGUUUUUAUUGAACUAAAAAAUUAGUCUUAAAAAAUAUAUUAAUAUACAAAUGAAAGUGAUCUUCAAGCUGCUGUACUCGAUUUACUUGUUCAAUUACUUUUAAUUCGUGUUAAUUAUAGUUAAUUAGAAGCUGAUGAAAUUCGUUGCAUUUCUAAUCGUUUCGUUUAUUUUUAAAUAGCAUUAUAUUUAUUGUAUUGCUGAAUUUCUUGUUAUGUUAUCACAUGAUACACUUCAUUCAAAACAAGUUAUUAAAAUACAAGAUUUAAUAAAACAUUAUGAUUCAUUAUUAGCAAGGGGAUAUGAACCUGAAACACAUGCAUGUGUUCAAAUUGAAGAUGAUAAAUGGAACCGUCUUUCCCGACAAAUUGUCGAUUUACUUCUUGCUCAUUUACAAUCUCAGAAUCAAUCACUUUUGGAUAUUUAUUCCACACAAUUAACACUAUUUGAUGUUGCUUUUCGAGCGUUAAAUGUCAAUUGUCAAUCUACAAAUCGAUAG